UCCAGUGACCACCAUAGGCGGCACACACUCGCAGCUCUGCUCAACGUGACGUCUACCACACACUACACCCGCCCGCACCACAUUCAAGAUGUGCAGCAAGAGCGAGAUGGAAGAGAUGGCUUUAAAGAUGCUGGACAAGGCAUUUAAACCCGGACUGGAACCCCAUCAGGUCAUCGCUGUAUACAAUGAGUGGUGCAAGACUUAUGAAGAGAUGAUGGCUGAUGGGAGGUUCAACGGGCCCUUCAUCGUUGCCGAGCACGUAGCUGAGCUGGUCCCAGAGGACCGUCGUCAACACGUCCGAGUACUCGACAUUGCCGCAGGUACCGGCGCUGUCGGUCGCGAGCUGCACAAGAAAGGAUUCACGAACAUAGAUGCCCUGGAACCCUCGGAAGGAAUGCUGAACGUUCUUAAAAAGAAAGGAGUGUACAACCUUACAUAUCACGAGUUCAUAAGCAAGAACCCGACAACCAUUCCUCAAGAUACAUAUGACGUUGUGCUGAUCUGUGGCGGCAUGGGUGAGAGCCACAUGCCUGUUCAAGGCCUCAAUGAAUUUAUCCGGGUCGCCAAGCCAGGUGGUCUAGUGAUAAUUUUGAUGGGGACGAAGCUUCUGGUGGAGGUGGCGGCAUACAAGGACAAGCUGGAGCCCCACAUGGAGCAUCUAGAGCAACAGGGGCUGUGGCGGAAGGAAGGAAGAAAAGUGGUACCAAACUAUUCCUUAGACGACGAUGGAGCCAUGUUCUUCUAUCGUGUGGCCAAGUAGGUCCCUGCCAGCAGCGGCGAGCUCCACACUGACAAUCACCAAGAUAUGCUCUGGUUAACCAUCAAUUCCUUCACCAAAAAAAAAAAAAAAGUAUCUACAGUUACCGUUUACACUUAAACUCAUUUAUUGAUCCAGAUAACAACAGAAGGAAUCCAACGAGCAUACCCCCGAUAUACUAUAUGGCAGACUUCUAAAUCAAAACUUUAUCAAAAUUAAAACCAAUUGUUUUGUAUUCUGGGUAUCCUCUAUGUGAAUUAGAUUAUUAUUAUCCCCUUUUGCAGCUCAUCAACCUUUUGAAUUCUUCAUUCAUAUCACUCCCUGUCCGUCUUUCUAAUGAAUGUUAAUUAAGUUUGCCUAUUCUUUAUUCACACAGAAGGUUUCUUGUGUCUGAGAUCAUUUUAGUAUUUUUCCAUCUUAGUAUUCUUUGAUAGAAAUUUUGUCCAUCCAAUAUAAUGAUAACCAAAACUUAUCUGCAUAAUGCAAAUCGUAUCCAACAUAGGUGAUGUUAAUCUGAAGAAUAACACAGGAGGAAUUAUUACUAACAGUUCUAAACAUGAAUCCUAGCAUAAUGUUUGCUUAUUUCGAGUACUUAGCCAAUAUUUGAUUAGUCUUAGAUUACCAUUAAUCAAUGGUUCAAGAUCCAUUUUACAAAAAACACUUGUGAUUUGGCAUUAUUGAACUGAUAUAUAGCACCUCAAUACUUAUUUCCAAAGCUAUGUGCUCUGUAUUUGUUUGCUUUAAAUUACAGCUUUCAGUUACCAAUUUAAAAUUUAUAAAGUAAAAAUUUAUGCAAUUUUUAAGUAAAUUGCCGUUAUCAGUCUUUUAGCAAAGCAGAAGCUUAUUCGGGAAUCUUUGAAGCACUUAUCCAUUUUCUAAGGCAUUCAAGAUGUUCUAUAUUUUUUAAUCAUCUGCAAAUUAAAUGAUGUUGCCAGUUACUCCAAACUUUAAAUCGUUUAUGUUGAUAAUGAUAAUAAUAUUAAUUGAUAAUAUAAUUGACAAGACUGGCCCAUAGUAAACCCAUGCUGAGAAACCCUUAUCAAACAAUGAUCCUCAUGUUGGGUCUGCAUUGUAUUUUCAGUUUUGGUUCAAGCAACUUCCCCACUGUAGACAUUUAACUUAUUAGUAGAUAUUUGGAUGAAUGAGAUCUGUGUCCACAUUUACCAAAAUUGUCACCACGUUUGCAUCCCUCCAUGAUUCAGGCACCCUACCGGAAUCUAGCGACUUAUUAAUACAAGUGUUGGCUAUCUUGAGACCUCGAGAUGAUGUUGGGGCUUAGUGUCACCGCGGCGCGGUCCUCGUCCAAGUCCGGGCCGCAUUACACUCCCCCAGGAAGCAGCCCGUAGCAGCUGUCUAACUUCGAGGUACCUAUUUACUGCUAGGUAACAGGGUCAUCAGGGUGAAAAACUCUGCCCAUUUGUUUCCUCCUCCACCGGGGUUCAAACCCGGAAAUUCAAGACUACGAAUACGAUGCAUGCGCAGUCCACUCAGCUGUCAGGCUCUUUACCUACCUAGGCUUACUAGGCUUACCUCUGAACUUUUCUGAAUGCUGAUAAAUAUUUCAUCUUUACCUGGAGGUUUGUUAGGCUUAUGUUCUUGUUUUUGAUUUAUAGAUCUUCUCAGUUAUAGACCUGAGUUUAUAGAUAAUUGUCAGUUAAUUUUUUUUUCACCGCAUCUACAAAUUUACUAACCCAGUUUUCCCAUUGUAAAGAUUAGAAUAAAAUUAUAAUAAAGA